AUGUUUGGAAAGGCAGUUACUUUGAUCGGCCUUUCGGUCGUAUCAGUCGCCAGUGCAACUCAAUAUGGCUACAACCAUGUUCCUACGCAAAAGAAUACGGACCUCGUUGCCGCCAAUUUCAAAGAUGUCGACAUAGACUUGUACUCUCCCGCUUUUCUAAACCCCGACAAGAUCCAGGCUGGAUUCUCAGAGGGCACACAAGGCGCAACUUCUCAAGAUGACUUUGAGGCUUUUGUGGAAGAGAUUGCAGCCAAGAAUGACUACAUGACCUACAACACAGCCAACUUCACUUCCGAAGAGCUCCGACCGUUCCCAUACAUCAAGCUCUCAACCUCUGGAGGUCCCAAGGCUAAGAACAAGGUCCGCGUCUGGAUCCAAGGUGCCGUUCACGGCAAUGAGCCUGCAGGCGAUGAAUCUCUCCUCGCUCUCCUGGGCAAGUUUGACGCCGAGCCCAAGUGGGCGUCCAAGAUGCUCAAGGAUCUCGAGAUCGUCGUCUUGCCUCGCUACAACCCUGACGGUGUCUUUUACUUCCAGCGCGAGCUUCCUGCAAACUAUGAUCCCAACCGCGACCACAUCAAGCUCGCUCGCCAGCAGACACGCAACAUCAAGAAGCUCUUCAGCGAGUUUGCGCCCCAUGUCGUCGUUGAUAUGCACGAGUACGGGGCUUACGGCAAAUUCGGUCGAUACAUGCAGGCCGCCGAUGGACUGUUUUCCGCGGCCAAGAACCUCAACAUCAACAAGGAUAUCCGAGAGUUGUCUGAGAAGCUGUUUGCCAAGAACAUUGGCAAGGCUAUGGAUAAGGCUGGCUUGAGAUGGGAGCCGUAUGUCACUGGUGCUACGAGCUCUAAUCCUGACUUUGUCCCUACAUUUGCUGAGGCCGGCUCUGACGCCAAGAUUGGCCGCAAUGCCAUGGGCCUUACCCAGUCUAUCACGUUCCUCAUUGAAAUGCGAGGUAUUGGCAUCGCCGAGCAGCAGUUCCAACGACGAACUGCUGCCGGCCUGACCAUGGUCGGCGCCAUCGUUGAGACCGCUGCCAACAACGCGGACAAGGUCCGAAAGACAGUCGAGGGCGGUAUCAAGAAGUUCAUCAACUCCAAGGACCCCAUCGUGAUUACCGACUCGUCCAAGGUCCAAGACCGGCUCUUCACAAUGAUUGACCACACCAACGGCUCUGUUGUCAAGGUUCCCGUAAAGUUUGCCUCCACUACGCCCACCACCGCCAAUCUCACCCGCUCUCGUCCUGAGGCAUAUCUCAUCCCUGUCGCUUGGGCCGAUCUUGCCCAGCGCCUACGUGUCUCCGGACUCGAGGUUGAGACGUUGAAGAGUGAAUGGAGCGGCACUGUCGAAGCUUUGACCAUUACCUCUUCAAAGCUCAGCACCAGCUACUACGAGGGCGUUGUCCUUGCUACGGUUACCGCCGAGGCCAAGGAGCGAGAGCUGAAGUUGCCAGCUGGAAGCUUCCUCGUGAGCACGAGACAGAAGAAUGCAGGACUGGCUAUCAACGCUUUGGAGCCUGAGAACAUCGACUCUUAUGCCAGCUUCAACAUUAUCCCAGUGGAAAAGGGUGACGAGUAUCCCAUCUUCAGAGUCUUGUCGUAA